GAUGGAACUCUUCAGGAGGAGACCUAAUUCAAGUCUGAACAGCAUCGAGGUUCCUACAACUGUCGAUACAAUGGUUACGACCUGCGUUAAUGUUCAAAGUAGUAACUUCAAUCAACAAUCCUUCCAAAACCAGAACACUUCCUCUGAUACUCUGGCUAGUCUCGAAGCUGCCGGAUAUGCUGCCUAUAGUACUGCACUUAGCGUAACGAUUGCUAUAGGAUGUUCUUUGCUCAUAUUGAAUGUACUAAUAUUCGCCGCCGUUUAUUAUCAGCGGGAUAAAACUAGGAUGGAGGUAAAGUCACUGCAGCAGCAACACAACAGGAACCAAGCGAAUUUCGAGACCAUUUCCAAGCAAGGCCACUAUCAUAUGGGCCAUUCGCAAAGUGGAAGUGUUAUGGUCGAUGUGGAACAAGACACAACUGCGAUGAUCCUAGCGGCAAACUCUCAACACGACGCCAAUAAAGUCCAACAGCACCUUUGCCCUCAAAACAUACAAAUAGCUAAUGCUCUGAAAGCACCUCCACCUAGUCCGAACGUUCUGCAACAGAACUGCAUGACUUUACCGAAGAACGCAAGUAGCUACAAUCCGAGUUACCAACAAGCUUGCAUGACUUUACCGAAGAAUGCCACCAUGCUCAACAACACCGCCUGCAUUGUAGCCGAAAUGCAGCAACAAGGAAUUGUACAACCACCCAACGGAAAUGCCACCAUGCACAUGAACGUGCCCAGACCACCUCCACCACCUAGGGCUAAGUCACCACCUGAAUCGCAACCUCUUCUCACGCACCACAACCAGAAGAACAUGAGACUCCCGCAUGCGGCCAUGAGUGAAAUGCGAGUGUGAUAAUUUACACGUGAACUAAUUGAAUGAUACAUACGUCCAAUUAUGUGAACACUCGUCUAGCCUAAAAAAAAAACGGGCCUCAUUCCUACAAGAUUUGUACAUACCAUAACAACUAAUUUAUUAUAAAUGUUUGUAUGUAUAAGCUCCCACUCUGAAACAUGCAUAUGAUGUAAACCUUCUUUUAUUUGUUAACACUAGAUCUUUAAAUUUUGUUACCCAUAUACCAUUAAUUCUAUUCUCAUGUUUAUAUAAUUUAUCUAUACUGUUAACUAAUUAUAAUCCAUUUUUGUUUAAUCGAAGAGGAAAACGUGAAGGAAACUGCCACUUAUCAUCAACAAUUUUAUACAACAUUCAUUUCCCGUGCCAAAAUAUGAACACACAUCCAUUUCGUGCGCCGAAGCAAAAUAUUCCCCCACCUACAUAAGUUCGUAAAAGAAAGUGUUUUAGAUAAAACAAGGACAAUCUACUUUAUCAGCGAAAGUAAACAACAAGAUGAAGGAAACAAAAACAAACAGGAAGGAGAUAAAUACAACUUGUAAAUAUAUUAUAAACAGUAGAAGCGUUUCAAACUUCAACGAAAAAUUAGUCUACUUAAUUAGCUUUAAUUAAUGAUUUAUAUAGGACCUGUAUAUAAAAUAUAUGAAAAAAACCAAUGGAAUAUUUGGAACACAAUUAAACAAAUUACACAAUUGUAUAACGGUUUGAUCAAGAAGAAGAA